CUAGUCGUCUGGCGACGUGUACCCGGUGUGUGGCGUUCAGGUAACUCUGCUCUCCGGAGGGACGACCGGCCGCCAAAACACCCGAAGGGCUGCAGAGGAGCGACGGCAUGGGGGGCUCGCAGAGCGUGGAGAUACCGGGAGGAGGCUCCGAGGGCUACCACGUCCUCCGGGUUCAGGAGAACUCGCCUGGACACCGAGCAGGACUGGAGCCUUUCUUUGACUUCAUCGUCUCCAUCAACAACACCAGACUGAAUAAGGACAAUGACACUUUGAAGGACUUGCUGAAGGCCAGCGUGGAGAAACCAGUCAAGAUGCUGGUUUACUCCUCCAAGACCCUGGAGCUGCGGGAGUCCACGGUCACGCCCAGCACCAUGUGGGGCGGCCAGGGCUUGCUCGGUGUCUCGAUUCGCUUCUGCAGUUUCGAGGGAGCCAAUGAAAACGUUUGGCAUGUGCUGGAGGUGGAACCCAACUCUCCAGCGGCCCUCGCGGGCCUGCGGCCGCACACGGACUACAUCAUCGGAGCAGACACCGUCAUGAACGAGUCGGAGGACCUUUUCUCCCUGAUCGAGAGCCACGAGGGGAAGGGCCUGAAGCUCUACGUCUACAACACCGACACCGACAACUGCCGGGAGGUGGUCAUCACUCCCAACAGCGCCUGGGGAGGAGAGGGCAGUCUCGGCUGUGGGAUCGGAUACGGUUACCUCCACAGGAUUCCCACCCGGCCGUUUGAGGAAGGGAAGAAGAUCGUCUUCCCCGGAAACUCGUGCAGCGAGCCCGUCAGUCCACUGAAGGACGGAUUCACAGAGGUGCAGCUCUCAGCGGUGACGCCGCCUCCGUCUGCCCCCGUCCUCCCCUCUGGCCUCGAAGACUCCCUGGCGAAGCUGUCGAUGGGCCCCGCCGUGCCCGCCGAGCUGCAGACGGGUCUGCCCACCGUCCCACUGCUCCCCUCCUCCGCCGCCCCGUCCCUCUCGCCCCUCACUCCGCUGAAUCCGGCCACCGACGGCUUCACCCCGGCCACCACGAUACCAGGCCUGAUGCCCCUCCCAGCCAGAUUACCUCCACUCGCCAACCUCCCCAACCUGAACCUGCCCCUCCCAGACCUCAGUGCCGUGUCGCUAGCCGGCGCCGGUGCCGGCAUGCUGCCGCCAGCAGUGGGAGCAGCAGUUCCUCCUCUGGCUUCACUCCCGCCUCUCAGCCUGACCGGUCUGCCGUUGCCCCCUCUGCCGGCCAUGCUGCCCUCCCAGUUGGCCCCCCUCCUCCCUCAGGGGGCGGAGCCCCUCCUGCCCGCCGCCGCCCCCCAGGCGUCGGUCACAGUCACGGCGGAGGCCGAGGACCCCGCCGCCGCAGCCCCGACCGAAGCGGUCUCCACAAACGCCGGCGACUCGGCGGCCGCGACGGAAACGUCGCUAACGUCUUCCUAACGCGGGGAGAGAAGAGUCCUCUGGCCACCAAGCUAAACACCCCCGGUUUCUCUUCCCCCAUCUGUCUUUCCGUUUCGUUUGUAUUUAUUUGGCCCAGAGGGACAGUCAGACAGAUCGUCAGGCCAGAGGUCAGCGUGCUGGGAGGCAGGACGGACCUGCCUGAGGAAGACGAGCUCCGCUCUGCAGACCGUCCCGGAUAAACCCCUCUGAUCUGGAAGCGCUUCGGUUUCCUCCGUGCGUGAAGCCGCCGGCCGAUAAACUGAAGCGAUAGAAGCUCCCUGGUCAAACAGGAGCAGAACGUGUGACCUCUUAUUCCAACGUAGAAGUCUCUUCAUGGUCGAACUGGAAGACGUCGGGAUGCGCUUCUGUGUUAGGAGUUAAAUUCUUCCUGGUUAACCUUUUUUUUCCGGUUUUUUUUUUUUUAAGCUUUAACAUGUAAGUUUUUCAUUAUUAGCACGUAGCCCUGCGCUGACCAGUAGAUUGAUUUCACUGUAUGGAUUUCUGUUGAAGUUAGCGUAUGAGUGUUUCCACCCAAUGAAUGAGUUGACAUUAUUUUGCACCUUCUUGUGUUUUUGAAAGGAUUAGUCCCUUUAUACGUCUCUUCUGAACAGCAGCCAGGCGAGGCGGAGGCCGUCUGAGCUGCUUGCUGCUGUGGCCGCCAGGUUCUCAGAUACAGAGCACAUCUUCGGCAGUGGAAGUGAAGCGGUGUCAGUAACAGAAUGCACAGUGAGAGCAAUAAAGCCAAAUGACUUU